GCCCGCUAUCACCAUGCCCCUCCUCCGUCCUUGUCUACUCCCUUCCACUUCUCAGCACUAUCUCUCUGCCCCUCCUCGUGUUUGAUUCCUUGCCCUUUCCUCCGGCGCCGAAGGAGUCUGACACUCUUGAGGAAGCGGCGCCCUCGAAGCAGUCGGCGGCGCUGGAGGAGCCGGACGCACGCGAGGAAGCGGCGCCUUCAGAUGAGGCUGUCGAGAGGCUGGCGGCCAAGGAGCCCGCGGCCGAGGAGCCCGCGGCGCCCGAGGAGGCCGCGCCCAACGAAAAGGUGGCGCCCCCCGAGAAGGCGGCGGCACCGUCGCCGCCUUCCGCCCCGCGGGUGAUGCGCCACGAGGAGCGCGACGGGCCCGAGGUGCUCCUGGACCUCCAGGCGCCCUCUGGAGGCGCGGAGGCGGAGCUCAGGGAGGCGUACGCAAACCUGGUCUCGCUGCUGGUCGCCUCCGUGUUCAUCCUGGCCGCGCUGGUGUACGCGCUGUGGGAGAACUGGUACUGGCCGGCGUUCCUCUUCGCCACGCAGUCAAUCCUGUGCGCGGCGUGCCACUUCUGCGACCCCGGUCACGGGAGUCCCUCAUGGCCGCGGCUGCUGGGCCACGGUUGGGAGUGCCCCGUCGCCCUCGCCGCCGCCCUGCGCGGUGCCGACCUCUGCCUGUCGUACCUGAUGCCGCUGCAGCUGGGGCUCAUGCUGUUGGGCCCGGAGGACCCUGUGCUGCAGCAUGCCGAGGGGCACUCCGAGGCGCACCUGCGCGCGCAGCGGGUCCGCGAGGCGCGCGUGCCGCAGGCCGUGGCCAGGGGCCCGUGCUCUGGGCACGGGGUGCCACUCGACGUGUUGCUGCUCAGCCGCCUGGGGACUCCCAUCCUGGUGGCCGCCUUCGUGGCGGUCCGCGCGCCCGCCGAGCGACAAGGCGGCUGGUGCAGCGGGAGCCGGCCAGCGACAAGGCGGCUGGUGAGCGACAAGGCGCCAGAGCUCAAGGAGAGGCCGCAGACGAAGCCGCAGGCGCCGGGUGAAUACCGGGCUGCGAUCCUGGGGCGGGGGGAGCCGUUGGCGUCUCCGGAGGACGACCAGCCAGAGCACGAGCAGGACGUCCUGGAGGCGGCGCUCGUGAAGUCAUUGGGCGUCGUGCCGCAGUUCCCGCGCCUUGAGUCGACGGAGGCCAUAACCCCGCGGCUCAAGGAGACGGACGAGGAUGACAUCGGGCUGCUGGUCCCGGCGCCCUCCGUCCUGGCCGCCGAAAUGGGCGACCCCGGCUGCCUCUGGCCUGGGCACCCGCUUGCGUGCCUGGUUUUCAGGCCGGCCCUGGCCGAGCUUGCGCUGCGGCUGGCGCCAGCCUUCGCGACCGCGACGGAGGUCAUGACCGCCUCGACCUCAAAGGGCUGCGGGGCAGGGCUGCGGCAGCUCGAGGGGGAGUGCUGCGGGCCCUGCGCGCAGGCACGGGAGCUUUCUGAUAAGAAGGGCUAG